AUGGCAGCUUCACUUCAAGCAGCAGCUACUUUCAUGCAACCCACCAAGCUGGGCAGAACCAACACUUUGCAGCUAAAGUCGACUCAAUCCAUUUCAAAGGCCUUUGGUUUGGAACCCACUGGAGCUAAGGUCUCAUGCUCCCUUCAGGCUGAUCUUAAGGAUCUCGCUCAAAAGUGUGUUGAUGCUACCAAAAUUGCAGGAUUCGCCCUUGCCACCUCUGCUCUCCUUGUCUCUGGGGCAAGUGCUGAAGGUGUUCCAAAGCGGCUAACCUUCGACGAAAUCCAGAGCAAGACCUACUUGGAAGUGAAGGGAACAGGAACAGCAAACCAAUGUCCAACCAUUGAUGGUGGAGUGGACUCAUUCGCCUUCAAGCCAGGGAAAUACAAUGCCAAAAAGUUAUGCCUUGAGCCUACUUCAUUCACAGUGAAGGCUGAGGGUGUGGCCAAGAACGCCCCACUUGAGUUCCAAAACACAAAGCUCAUGACACGUUUGACCUACACUCUUGAUGAGAUUGAGGGACCCUUUGAGGUGUCUCCUGAUGGCACAGUCAAGUUUGUAGAAAAAGAUGGCAUUGACUACGCAGCCGUGACGGUUCAGCUACCGGGUGGCGAACGUGUUCCAUUCCUCUUCACCAUCAAGCAGUUGGUGGCAUCAGGGACGCCAGAGAGCUUCGGGGGGCAGUUUCUGGUGCCAUCAUACCGUGGAAGCUCUUUCUUGGACCCCAAGGGAAGGGGUGCUUCCACAGGUUAUGACAAUGCCGUUGCUUUGCCUGCUGGUGGAAGAGGAGAUGAAGAGGAACUUGCCAAGGAAAACAACAAAAGUGCCUCAUCAUCCACGGGGAAAAUCACCUUGAGUGUGACCAAGACCAAGCCUGAGACUGGUGAGGUUAUUGGUGUGUUCGAGAGUGUUCAGCCAUCUGACACUGAUUUGGGAGCAAAGGCUCCAAAGGAUGUGAAGAUUCAGGGCAUCUGGUAUGCUCAGCUUGAGUCAUAG